GCUCCUCAGAAUCCGAGUGGGCCUCUGCCGGAAGUGGCAGCCGGCCCCAUGGUCGGGAGGACUACGUUUCCCGGCAGGCGCGGCGGCCUAUAACCGGAAGUGACGUAUUGUCCCCAUGUCCUCUGCGCUGUGGCUUCCUCGCGAUCGCCAUGGCGCCCACGAUCCAAACUCAGGCGCAGCGGGAAGAGCAGCCAGGACACAGGCCUAACUCCCACCGGACGCUUCCUGAGAGAUCCGGCGUGGUUUGCAGAGUCAAGUACUGCAACAGUCUGCCUGACAUCCCCUUCGACCCCAAAUUCAUCACAUACCCGUUUGACCAGAACAGGUUUGUUCAGUACAAAGCCACCUCUCUGGAGAAGCAGCACAAACAUGACUUGCUGACUGAGCCUGACUUAGGGGUCACCAUAGAUUUGAUCAACCCUGAUACAUACCGCAUCGAUCCCAACGUUCUUUUGGACCCGGCGGAUGAAAAAUUGCUGGAAGAGGAGAUCCAAGCGCCAACCAGUUCCAAGAGGUCUCAGCAGCAUGCCAAAGUCGUGCCAUGGAUGAGGAAGACUGAAUACAUCUCCACAGAGUUCAACCGAUACGGAGUCUCCAAUGAGAAGCCAGAGGUUAAGAUCGGUGUUUCAGUCAAACAACAGUUCACAGAGGAGGAGAUCUACAAGGACAGAGACAGCCAGAUUGCAGCCAUUGAAAAGACCUUUGAGGAUGCUCAGAAAUCUAUCUCUCAGCACUAUAGCAAGCCUCGGGUGACUCCGGUGGAGGUCAUGCCUGUCUUCCCUGACUUCAAGAUGUGGAUCAACCCCUGCGCUCAGGUCAUUUUUGAUUCAGAUCCAGCGCCAAAAGACACCAGCGGUGCAGCUGCUCUUGAGAUGAUGUCUCAGGCCAUGAUCAGGGGGAUGAUGGAUGAGGAAGGGAAUCAGUUUGUGGCCUACUUCUUGCCAGUGGACGACACGAUGCGCAAGCGGAAGCGUGACCAAGAGGAGGAGAUGGAUUAUGCCCCUGAGGAUGUAUAUGAGUAUAAGAUCGCCCGGGAAUACAACUGGAAUGUCAAGAACAAGGCCAGCAAGGGAUAUGAGGAGAACUACUUCUUCAUUUUCCGGGAGGGUGACGGUGUCUAUUACAACGAAUUGGAGACAAGGGUGCGUCUCAGUAAACGCCGGGCCAAGGCUGGGGUGCAGUCGGGUACCAACGCUGUGCUGGUGGUGAAGCACAGGGAUAUGAAUGAGAAGGAGCUGGAGGCACAGGAAGCCCGCAAAGCUCAGCUGGAGAACCAUGAGCCGGAAGAGGAGGAAGAGGAGGAGAUGGACUUGGGCAAAGAGCCUCAAGGAUCAGACGAAGAAGAAGAGCCGGAGAAAGGCAGCGAGAGCGAGAAAGAGGCCAGCGAAGCAGAGGAGGAAGAGGAGGGCCGCUCGGCCAGCGAGAGCGAGGCGGAGGUCAGCGAGGCGGAGGGCGCAGUGGCUGAGGAGAGCGAAGAGGAUGAGCGGGCGGCCCGAGACCAGGAGGAGAUCUUUGGCAGCGAUGACGACGAGGACUCUGAGCAGGAGGGCCGGAGGGCUGAGGGAGACGAGGAGGAAGAGGAGAGCGGCAGUGAAGAGGAGGAGGAGGAAGAGGAGGAAGAAGAGGAUGGUGGGGGCAGCAGCCGGCGGCAACAGCGCCAGGGCAGUGGUAGCCCCUUCCUCAGUGGCAGUGAUCGCUCUAACCAUGAAGAUGAGGAGGAGGAAGAAGAAGGCGAGGCCAGCGCUAGUGAGGCCCCGUCAGAGUCCAGUGAAGAAGGCAGCGACAGUGACUGAGCCCAGGGCAAGGACACCUGGGGAGAACUUUUACCUGCCUUAGCAGCUGCAGCUACUGGGUCUGUUGUUCCUUGGGGGUGCAGAAGGUUCAGGAAAACUGGUCACAGAGCGUGAGAAGGAGAUGGCCUCCAACUCUGGCAUGGGACUGUUGAGACCCCUGUUGUACAGAAGGACCUUGGAGGCGGUUGUGUGUUUGAGUCUAUGUGUGUUAAGAGAGAGGUUUAUUUUCUUGUUAUUCCCUCCUUUGUAUAUAAUGCGUUGUGUUGCUUACAAUAAAAGUCCCCGUUUCUUUUGCUCUCUUGA